AUGUCCCACAUGGAAGAAGAGGACGACCCCUCCCACCCCCAACAAAGGCUUGCGAAUCUGGAGGAAGCUAUGCAGCGAAUGGAGGGCCUCCUCCAUAACCUAAUCAUCAGCCAGCAACAAACUCCCCCUGCCCCUGCCCCUGCUCCGUCUCCGGCAGUGGGUCCAGGCGUACCAACUGGCCAACAAGCCAGCUCGAGACCCCUCAUUCGCCCAAACCCCCCAUUCGCAUUCGACGGGGAUCGCACCCAGGGCAAGACGUUCCUGCAUUCCGUCAAGCAGUACUGGCGCCUCCUCCCCGAGGCCUUCCAUGUGAACGGGGUAGUGUCAGAAGAACGGGUGGUACGUUUCGCCCUCUCCUACAUGUCCAAGGAUUCGGCCGCCUCCUGGUCGGAACGUAUGUCAGAACGCCUCGUCUUCCCAUUUCCGACCUGGUCCUCCUUUGUUGCCGAAUUCAAACUCCGGUUCGUCGAGGAAAACGAGCAAGACCACGCCCUGGCACGACUGGAAACCCAUGCUUACUACAUGGGAUCCCGCGAUGUUUUCAAAUACACGGACGAGUUCGACGACCUCCUCGACCUGGCAGGGUACUCCGACAACCUGGUCAAGGUCACCAAGUACCGGGCGGGUCUCGACCCCAGGAUCAACCAGGCGAUCACAACCUCUGGUAACCCACCCAGUCUCACCAACUACUCGGAGUGGCGCACCCGUGCAUUCCGCCAGUACAAUGCGGAGGUGGCUGCCCGAGCUGCGAGAGGGCAGACGUUUCCUCCACCCCGCGCCCCGCUUCCUGCGGCCCCCCGACCUCGUCCCAUGGCCCCCCAGUCGUUGCUCCGCCUCCUGCUCCGCGACCAGUCCCGGCAAUCCUCCCACCGGGCAUUCCCAUGGAGAUUGACCGCACCCGAGCCCGUGGCGGUGUUCGUCGCACCUGCUUCCGAUGCGGCAGCCCCGGACAUCUGGCCCGGGACUGCCCAACCCCUGCCGAUGUCCGUCACGUCGACGUCCUGGACGAAGUAA